AUGGGGGGGGGUAAGGGGGACGUGCGUCUCCUGGGAAACGGUGAUAGCAACGGCACGUGUGGGCGUGGGAGGACCGGCGAAGUGCCGUCGUGCGGGGGGGGGCAGAGGUGCGCGCACCAGCACGCGGCGGCGGCGGCGGCGGCGGCGUUGGCAGCGGAGGUUAGCGCUGGGAACGCGGCGGCGCAGGGCGCGAGCGCAAACCCGAGGGGUUUGCCUCCGGCGCUCUGCCUACGGGAGGCGUACCUAACGGACAGGGCUCGCUUGGACCAGCUGCUGGAGACAUUCCCGCUGGAGCCGUUGAUGAAGAAAGUCCAGCCGAAGGGAGUGGGUCUGAGGUGCGAGAUCCACCGCCGCAACGGGGGCCAGGCGAUCUCGGAAGGGUGGGAGUGGGAGGACGCGUGGGAUAGGCUUCCGGCUGACAUGCGGCUCAAGGUGGCGGCGAUUGACGUGGAUGCUCUGGAGGCGGCGAUGCACCAGGACGUCGAGGAGCUCAUUUGCUGGCACGAGGACUUCGAUUCCAGGGAGUACACCCGCAGCAGCCAGCGCCACGCGGCGACGCUGGAGCAUGGUCAAAGAGAGAUUCGCUCCAUUGUGGGGUCGGUCUUGCUGUCGCAGCUUCGAACCACCUACCAUAACCACUUGGCUCAGGUCCAGGGCGAGCAGUACCUCUUCGCGUUGGUGCUGCAGGCCAUCCGCACGCACAUAGAGGGCGGGUGCGGCGGGGUGGGCUGCAAGAACGGGGGGGACGGUGGCGGCAGAGGCGGGGACAAGAGGCCUUCCGCGUCCUCGUCGUGUCCCGGGUGCGGCAGAACGGCGGACCCCGCCUGCCCGAUGUGCGGCGGAACCGGUGUCUCUCUGUCGGAGCUCGGUUUCGUGGACGGCCACGACAAGAAGGCCAAGACUAAGUCCAAGAAGAAGCGGGAGCGCAAGGCUCGGGCGAGGGCGGCCAAGAAGAGCCAGGAGGAGGACGACGAGGCGGCGGCGGCGGCGGCGGCAGCGGCGGCGGCGAUGGAAGCAGCGAAGACGGCGGCUAAGGCGGCGAAGGCAGCAAAGGCCGCCAAGGGAGACCCGCGGAAAGGCCUGACGGCGUGACGGGUUUUUCCACGGUACGGGGGGAGGGGGGCGGUGGCGGAAAGGCCUGGCGGAAUCAUUGGGUUGUUUCCUUCUGCGGCACGGUUUGUAGGGGGGGGCGGGGGGGCGGCGGCGGAAAGGCGUGACUGACUCAUGUCUUUUUAACGGUACAGCUUGCACGGGGGCCGGCGGAAUGGCCGAACUGAUUCACGGAAUAUGGGCAUUUCUACUCACGGUUUGUAGGGGUAGAGUGUGACUCAUGGGUUAGGGUUUCCCUUGCGUACAACUCGCGGCGUGUUUGAUGUUGAGUUUUUUGGCGGGAGAGUACGUGUUGCGGAAGAAGUUCUCUUGAACAAGUGUUGGGGCAAGGUUGUAUGGUCGUUAGGGGCCUUGCACUACCAUACUAAAUAGCGAGGCUGCUG